AUGAAGUUCCUAAUCAUUUCCUUGGCUGUAGUCACAACGUCUUUCGCUAUCCCCCAAGGAUAUAAUCUAGCAACGCCCUCCGGAAGAGGAUUUUCCCAUGGUGCUCAAGGUGGAGGAGGAGGAUCCAUUGGUGGCGGAGGCGGAGGAUUCUCUGCAGGAGAUGGAUCCUCAGGCAGUGGAGGUAGAUUUUCAGGCAAUGGAGGAAGUGGAAUCUCCAGCGGUGGAGAUGGAUUUUCAGGCAGUGGAGGAAAUAGAUUCUCUAGUGUCGGAGGUUCUUCAUCUGGACAAGGUUAUGGGGACGGAGGUUCCGGAGGAGCCUGCAGAGAAGGAGAGAUCUUGUACGUAGAUGGAUCGUGCGUCGUUCCAAUCGUUACAAGAAAUGUGUUCGUUUAUGAUGCUCCCGAACAGCCUCAAGGGGAAAGCGGACCGCCACCAAGUAUUCCACCACCGAGAGUUGAUCACAAUAUUCUGUUCGUACGCAUUCCUGAAGAAGGUCCAGGACCCGAACCUAUCAUUGUUCCACCACCAAAACAGGAAAGCAUUGUGUACGUCCUGAACAAGAGCGGAGGUGACGGAGGACAGCGCGUGAUCGAGGUGACAGCUGCUCCUCCUUCAAAUCCUGAGGUAUACUUCGUCAACUACGAAGAGGGAGAAAAUCCAACCCUUCCUAUUGGAGUGGAUCUUCAGACUGCCCUCCAGGCAGCUGCUGAAGCAGGCGGUCAGGUCAUUGGAGGCGGGUCCGGUGGUGCUGGAGCAUUCGGAGGCGGUUCCGGUGGUGCUGGAGCAUUCGGAGGCGGUUCCGAUGGUGCUGGAGCAUUCGGAGGCGGUUCCGGUGGUGCUGGAGCAUUCGGAGGCGGUUCCGGUGGUGCUGGAGUAUUUGGUGGCGGUUCCGGUGGUGCUGGUGGAUUUGGAGGUAGCGGAAGGGGUUCAGGCAGUGGUCUUUAUGGUCCUCCAUCUUAA